UAUAUGUCUGAAUUCGUCUGCUUUGUAGUAGAAGGAUAAACUCAUUACAUUGAAGCUAGCAAGUGUUUGAGCAUGACUCUCCAAACUGAGAAAAAAGGGCUUGUAAGCAGAUUAAUCUUAUGAAAAGGUGUAUACUGCCACAAUGCCAAAAUGGUUAACGAUGGAAGCUUUCUCAGUUUUCCAAUAGUUCCUCAACAAUUAACUGGAUAUUCAGAAAAAAUACACUGAUUAAACUCUACAAAGACUAUUGUGGUUAGGAGAUCAUUUGUAGAUGGAAUUCUUUUAAGAGACUGUCAUUCGCGAUCUCAUUUUAGACAGAGUAAGUGUUUAAAAUUGCAUUUUGUUUUUAAAUGAGGCAUUCAAAAAGUUGAAAGCAUGCGAAGUAAGAAUCUAAUUUAAUUCAGGAUUCCCCAGAAGUAUGGUAUCAGAUGUUGAAUGUGUGUAUGAACUUCACAGCAAGAAAUUUACUAUUAAUAUAUUAAUCCAAUCCAAUUGAUCUCAACAAGAUCAACUAGAAGGUCAUUGAAGAGAUAUUAGAAAGAGCAUUGAAACACUAUCGCAAAAAGAACAAUCCUGAACUCCUGCAAAUAGUAUAAAAGAUAAGGAAUUGCCAAGACAUAGUUUAAAUAAUUACUUAAUAAAAAUAAACAGUGUUGGCCAAGAAGAUCAACUAUCAAACUCAUCCCAGUAUUAAUUGGAAGUUAUCGAAUCUAUCAUCCAUUAUCAACAAAGAAACCUAAUAGUUUAAAUUUUCAGAUUUCACAUGGAAAUUAGUGGCAAAGAUGGAGGAUAAAGUCUUGAAAAUUUAUCUUAAAUUAGAAGAUAUUGAUCCUGAAUUGAAUUUGAGAAUCAUCGCACUUUAUUUCUAAUUGCAGCUUUCACAAUUUGGUCUAGAGCCAUUGAAGUUAGUCAAUUUAGUAGCCAGCAAAGGAAAUAAAAUUCUCCUAUGUGAAUUCAAUGGUAUAUCAUUAUUCACUAAACCAUAGAUCUAAAUAAGUUUGACUAACAGAAGUUGGAAUUUACAGUAUAUCUGAAUACUGAUCAAGUAUUGACUUUGUGUUUAAAUCAUCUCUAUUACAACUUGAAUCCUACAUACAAUCUAAGUAAGCUGGAUCUAGAUGAUUGUCUGAUUCUACUAGCUGCUACUCCUUAAGUAUAACAAGCCUAAGAGAAGUCAUUCUAGCUGCUCCUAGAAUUCGGUAUUUUUAUAACACAAUAUUGAUUAGUGCCUUAGUUAAAUCCAAAUGAUUACGAAAAAUGCAUCAAUUAACUCAACUUGUCCUUGAUGAAUACUGAAUUCUUAAUGAAAUAUGUCAAGUGCCCCUUAAACCAGUUUAUUCAAUAUGAAUUAGACAAGAGACAACCAUAACAAUAGAGAUCUUAUUCUGUUUCUAAGGAUUCAAAGAGCUCUUCAAGAAUCUUAAGAUAGGUUAGUGCAGGAGGAAGCAAGAAUGAUAAAUCAGGAGAUUAGUUAGUAAAUCGCAGUUAAAGCAGCGAAAAAUUACAUAAUGAAAUGCCAAUCAAUAAGUUGCAAUAAUUAAAGAGAACCCCAAGUCAACAAAGAUUUGAAUAACAAUAAAUAGUUAAUAGUGGAAUAAGCAAUUAAUCUGCAUUAUAUUCUCGGAAACAAUUAUUUGAUGAGAUCAAUAUAGUUAACUUUUUGAAAGUGAAAGAUCCUUAGCUAAUAUAAGAAUUGAAUGAAUUGGUUAGAAUUUAUUAUUGA